AGACCUCAGAGCAGGUCAGAACAGUUAAUUUACUGCCAAAACAGCCUAGUUUACGCGAAUAAAGUCUUAUGUAUUAAACAGUUUUGUUCUUUGUAAUCUGAGUGUUGUAAUUUGUAUUAACCGGGAAACAAAGUGCGACAGGAUCAACAGACGUUCUUAUGUGCGCAAACAUAAAUGGUCCUUCGAGCCGGAUCAUGUCGUACCGUAAAAUCCUGGUUUCGAGUUCGGUGGACCAUGUCUGUCGACGCAAAGUAUCUGUGCCGUUAAGAAUCGCCGGUUGAAGAUGGCGCCGGGAGCCAUUCUGUUGUGAAGUGCUGAAAAGAACACUAGAAGAGCCGCCAUCUUCCAUAACCGAUACCGCAGCCCGCGCGCGUCUGGAUUGCACCCCGAUGCGUGGUCAGAUUCCGCCCGAGACAACAGAAACCGGGUUAUUUCGUGAAAAUCUGCUCCGUCGAAGAAAUUCACAAAUUUCGUGUUGAGUGUUUUUUUGUUUUGAUGUUUGACAACUGCGGUUGUCACUGCGAGCUCCACCAACUGUCAGUGAAGAGAAGAGCUGGGAGCUAUUUCGCCGCAUCAGGGAAAAGUCUGCAGAAACGACUGCAGAAGUCUGCACACCAGAAGAUUCGGACUAAAAAGAUAAGUCGUGAUAAAUCCCGUGUUCAAAAUCUCGUGUAAAUGUGUACUGCAUCCUCCAUUUUGUUUUGUGUCGCCAUCUUGUCUGAGCGAGGUGAAAAAAAAUGUGAUCGAAAGUGAGCAAAAUUCGAUCAAGUUGCAAAAUUGUGCGUGCCGGUGUAAUACCGCACAGCUCUGCCGUCGGGCGAAAAUUGAAUGGCGAACUGGAAUCGCUGCUCUGCAGUGACAGUUCUAAUCGGAGAAGAGAAACGUCAAACGGAUCGGUUUGUUUACGACACGGGUGAGACGACGAUGAAAAAGCAGUUCGGUUGGUUCUAAAAGUGCAGCUCGGUCGUCGCUGCAUUUCGGUUCGCCAAGCCGCAGAAGUGCAGUCCUGCGCAAAUAAACAGCUUUUGGCGUAAUUCGGAACGGUCGCGCGGUGGAAUAGUUACGGUUCGUGUGCGGUGUUGUGGCCAUACAAGUUGGUCGUGUGCCCACUGUGAAGCGACCAAGCUGAAGAAUGAUGCAUCCAUCGGUGGAGAAGAAGUUCACUGGAACCCAGUGAAGAUUCCUGUCCGUUUGCUGAGCAAGAAGAGGACCGAAACGUGUCCAUGCCCUCGGAAACGAUCCGAGACUGCAAGUGAAGAGUUGGACCGCUCAUCGCCGGUGUGCUUAGAGCGCACGCACAUCACACGCACACGCAGCUGCAGAUUAUUAUCUGCCCUGUGCACAACAACGAACAGCAGAGGCGUCGUCGGAGUUCUGAUCGACGAGCCCCAACAAACCAGCAGAAUGUUCAGCACGUCUCAAGCUGAUAGGAGGAUCCAGCGUAAAGGCCUAAGGGGUGGCGCGUUCGUGGUCGGACGGACCAGAACAGCCCCCCACCGCCAACCCAAGUUAAGUGUGGCGUCGCUGGAUCGCUCGAGUGAAGCAGAAACUUUCGGGUUCGCGUUGUAUCUGCUGACGAACGGCAGGGGUAGAUUGCCGUGGAGAUCGGCGAUUCAGUCGCCCAUUCAUCGUUCUUCCCACGGAACUGUACCAGUAGCACGCGCAGCGAAGACGCAGAUCCGCAGAGCCACGUACAGCAGUGAACCGCAGCAGCAUCUUCGAACGCGGUCGCGGAGGAAUUCUACCGGGAUGGUAGACCUCACUAGCAGCCGCAACCUGGAAACCAGAACAUCAUACCCUGUCCGGCAAGUCAACUUGUCGGAGAUUCAUCGCCUACGAGCAGCGGCAGCAGUCGCUCAAGUAUGCAGAUGUUCGUGGUUCCAGCAAAAAGCCUAAUGGGGUGGCACGGUUGUGGUCGGACGGGCCAGACCAGCCACUCCAAAACGGCUCCGAGUUAAGUAGCCCUAAUUACUGACUAUUUGUUCAGACAAUCAGCCGUACUCAAUCUGUCCCCAGACUUCAACGCCCACAACAGUACUGCAUCCAUCUGACGUCAACUCCAACAGCAGUGUGGAGUACUACUGACCACUCAACCGAGUGUGGACGGUCAUGCCGUGUUGUCGUGUACAGCAGCGUGAUCCGUACAGGUCGCUAGGCCAGCGGCAGAAGCUUUCGGUGCGCCGACCGGAAGUUUCAUUGAUGUUCGCCCAGCUUUGGGGAACAAUCUCCACGUACAGUGGUGGAGACGCAACUACAGGCGCAAAGAUGACGUCAAGCAUGGAAGGGACACACUGGUCCCAACUUCCAUUCCAGUAGAGACGCAGUUCUCUUUGGUUAGCGGACGCUGAUCCGCUGACACCGGUACCACGAGGUGCCUACAAACUGGAAUGGUCUAGCAGAAGUUGAAGGCGAAGAAGAAGAACCCAACAGCAGUUGGACUACAGUUCAGAUGUGGGGAACAGACGGACGGACGGAGGAGAACAGAAGUUGGACAAGUUAGCAGCAGAUUGUUUCGUCGGUUAUGGAUGGCCUGUGGGAACAGGCAACAACAACAAGUCGUUCGAAGAAGGACGUCACUGUAACUGCAGUACCAGUGAGUCA